GUAGAGAAGCCACUCCGCAGGGGACCGCCGGCAUGGCUUCGCAGAUAACAUGGCUGUUGUUCUCUGCGUUAUUACUGGUCUCCCACUCCUCGGGUCUACCUGACAGCGCCGGCGUGGCGCCGCUGCCCGGGCCGGGACUCUCAUACGGUGGCAUUCCCUACGGGAGUGUGAGCGGGAACGUAGCGGAGUACUUCAAACGGCAGGCGACAUCUAGCGGGCAGCCGCAACAACUCGCGCCUUACUCCGAAGUCGACUUCGCGCCGAUUGAACAAUAUCUGUGA